AUGACUAUUUCCGACACAGCUCUUCAAGGGCUCCGUGGUUCCCUCGCCUCUUCCACUAUCUACACACCCUCAGACCCUGGCUACCAGGAAAGUCUGCGUCGAUGGUCCGACACGGGCGUUAAACAGGCGGGCGUAGUGGUCCAGCCCACUGAAACUGCCGAUGUCCGCACCGCCCUUCUCUGGGCCCAAGAGCACACUCUCGAUUUCGCUGUCAAAGGAGGCGGUCACUCCGUCUCCGGCACCAGUUCCAGCGAAGGCGGCCUGGUGAUCGAUCUCUCGCGCAUGAACCAUGUCACCGUGCACGAGGAGUCCAAGACCCUUACCGUGCAAGGCGGUGCCGUGUGGAAAGACGUCGACGAAAAAGCCGCUCAGUACGGCCUCGCCGCCGUCGGUGGAACCGUCAACCACACCGGUGUCGGUGGCCUCACCCUCGGCGGUGGUUACGGCUGGCUAAGUGGCAUGUACGGCCUCACGAUCGACAACCUCCUCGCUGCGACGGUCGUCCUGCCUAACGGUGAGAUCGUCACCGCGUCGGAAUCCUCCCAUCCGGAUCUCUUCUGGGGUCUGCGUGGCGCCGGCUACAACUUCGGCGUCGCCGUCGACUUCACCUUCCAAGGCUACGAGCAGACUAAUCCCGUCUACUCGGGUAUUGUUUCCUUCGGGCCCGAGCAACUCGAGUCCGUCAUCUCCGCGUUGAACAAACAAAUGGAGAAUCCGGACCCCAAGGCCGGAGUGAUGUGCAUUCUCGCGCAACCCCCGGGCGCACCUACUCUCAUGGUGAACGUGCUCGUCUUCUACAACGGCAGCCAAGAAGAGGGUGAAUCGCGCUUCGCGGAGCUCCUUGCCCUCGAACCCGUCGCCAACAUGAUCUCCAUGAUCCCGUACUCGCAGCUGAACUCGCUCCAAAACCCCAUGGCGACCUACGGCGACCGCAAGACCUUCAAGGGCCUGUUCUUCCAGACACCGUUGGACGCUGGGUUCCUGCGCACUGUACUCGAUGACCUGAAUGCGAAGAACGACGCGUAUCCUGAUCUCAUCCCCGCUCUACUGCUCGAGUGGUAUGAUAUGCGGAAGACGUGCAGUGUGCCGUUGGACGCGACAGCGUUCGCGAACCGCAGUGCGACGCAGAACGGACUGUUGAAUUUGAGGUGGUCCGGCACGGAGAUGGAUGGAACGCAUCGCGCGUGGGCGCGCGAGAUUCAGGCCAGCUUCAAGGGCGAGUUUGAGAGGGUGCAUGGAAAGGGAGGCGAGGAUGAGGAUGUGCCGCAGUACAUUAACUAUGCGGAGCCCGGUGACGCGGUCGUCAAUAACAUCUACGGUCAAAACCUCCAGAGGCUUAGGGACGUGAAGAAACGAUAUGACCCCGGGAAUGUAUUCAAUAAGAUGCACCCGAUCGUGUAA